AUAUGGUUCUCAGGUGAAUGUGAAGGUUAGGGGCCUGAUAAGGGAUGGGCCCGGCAGUCAGGAGCUUGGGCCCCCUGCCCUCUGCAGGGGCCUCACGGAGCUGAGUCACCCCUGAGCAGGCAGGAAGAGAAGGAUGCAGAGCUGGAUCGGAGGAUAGUGGCCCUUCGAAAGAAGAACCAGGCCUUACUCCGCAGGUACCAGGCCUGUCUGUGUGCGUCUGGGGGGCCAUGGCCUGUGCUGACCCCGGGCCCUCCCGUAGGAGAUCCAGGAAGACCGUCGGCAGGCGGAGCAGGGGGGCAUGGCUGUGACCGCGCAGGAAUUCCUCCGACCUGAUGGCCUCACUGUCACUAUCAGCCAGGUUCCCGGCGAGAAGCGGGUUGUCAGCCGGAACUGGGUGAGAUCCCUUGGACCUGAAGCAGCCAGUGCGAUGCUUGAGGACGAGGAGGUGGAGUAUCACACCGGUACUUUCUGCCUGGGGGACCGGGUGGAGCUGGCUGUGACCAUGGAGAACAGAGCUGAGGCCAAGCGGAUCGUAAGUGAGAAGCCCACCAGAGCAAAGAACCGGGGGGCAGGAGGGUCACCUGGAGGGGGCUUGGGCCGGACCCCCUCCAUGCAGAUGGCCGUCAGCUCGGAUUCGGCACGGAAGGGUGCUCGGGAGCCCCAGAGUCCAGGUCCGGUCCCAGGCCCGGUUCCCCACCGACCAGUGGGGGGACCCCAGGAAGUGGGCUGGGACUAUGCCCAGUGGAAGCAGGAGCGGGAACAGAUCGACCUGGCCCGUGUGGCCAGGCACAGAGACGCACAGGGUGACUGGCGCCGCCCGUGGGACCUGGACAAGGCCAAGCCCACGCUACAGGACUCCAGCAAGCCUCGAGAAGAGGGCCCGGCCAGGGCGGGCGGCACCAGGGGUCCCAGGAGCCACCGAAAGCUACAGCCCCCACCCUUGUCCCCUGAUGGUAAAGGUGGUACUACUCGGGGUGGGCAACCCAGCAGAUCCUCAGUGGUGUCUGCCACACGAAGCAAAGCCCGGGGGACAGAGAGGCUGACGGGCAGGGCCCGCAGGUGGGAGACGAAGGAAGUCAAGGAGGAGCUGGAGAGCCAGGAGGGAAGCCAAAGUACCAGAAAGAGUCGGAGCGAGGAGGAACACUCACAGAAGCAGAGCGAGGUGGAGCUGAGCAGACCCACAAGUGCCCCAGCAACCAGCCCAGCCCCGGUAUCCCCAGAGGGGCCAAAAAGGGAGUCAGGAGUCUCGAUAGCCAGUCCAGAACCUGCCUCUCCACAAAACACUGACUUGGUUCCCCUUGACCUUUCUCUAGGAGGAGCCAGUAGCCCUGGGCCCGGGGCGAGUGUGUGUGUGCUCCCUCCAAGGCCUGGAGCCCAGGAGAACCCUGUGUCCCGGCCAGAUGGUUCUGAGCAGCUCCCGGGGUGGAAUGACCCCCAGGCUGAGCCGGAAGUACAGACUUGCUCCAAGCCCCAAGGAGGAGCAGGGCCCUUAGAGCCCAGAGAAGACAGGUCUGGCAAGGCUGGGGCCCAGCAGGGCUUGGCACAACGAAGCAGGCCCACCAGGGGAAUGGGCCAAAGAGCAAGGGGCGCAGGAGGUGUGAGAAGCAGGACAGGAGGUCCGGGCCCCGCGGGAAGAUGCUGAGCAAAGCCCCUGGGAGCAAAGGGGCCGGGCUGGGCAGAGGAGGAGGGUAGAAUGCAGUCAGGACUCUUGUGCGUGGUGGGUGUCUGGUUGCUGGUGGCUUGUGGCAGUCCAGCUGAGCAGUUGGGCAAACUUUCCAGUGGGGUGACAUCGUGAGGGCAAGGAGCUGGCCUUCCUUGUAUCUCAGGUGCACAUCCCUGUGUACGGGUGUGUUUUCACCUGCAGGUAAAGCUCCUGGUGUAUUCCUAUGUCACACCUGGUCUCUGAGGCUGGCAAGAAAGCGAGGCUUGGAAACACUCAGCACCUGGCUCACCUGGCCUCUAUCACCCCCAGGGCCUGGCUUCUCUUUCCAGCUGUGGCUUUGGAGGUGGAGGCAGCCUCAGUAGCUGGCAGGACCAGCCCAGGCCUGGGCCCUUUCCCAUGCCUCUGCCUUGCACCCAGGUGACUCACAGCCCCAGACUCACAGGAUGGCAAACGAGUGGAACAUCAGCCAUCAGCUGGCAGCCUCCUGCCUUCCUGGAAGAGGAGGCUGAGGCCCAGAAAGGGAGGGCACAGCAGGUGGGGGCUGAGCUGGGGACAGGAGAAUGGAGCUCAGGUCUCCUCUGCAAAAGAGAGGGUUCCUGGAAAGGCCUCCUCUCUGAAAUGGGGUGGAGUUGGGUGGUGAGAGAAUAGCCUCCCCGCCCCCCCCCACCCCUCCACAGUAGGGUGGGAAAGCUCACCAGCAGGGACACCCUCCCCCCUACCCAGGUCAGACUUCAAGUGUACCCCAAGGGGAGGGAAGAAGGCAGCCCUGCAGCCCAGGGCCAUUUCCUGCCAUCUCCUACUUCCUCUUCCCCACCACCUCCCUGCACCAAGGUCAUGCAAUAGCAAGGACUCAGACGAGGGACAGAGAAACAGCGACUCUGGCGAAGUACAACUUCAGGACUUGUCUUUCCUACUUAGUCUCUGUUCCUGCCCCUCCCCUGAGGCCCACGGCUGGUGAAUUAUUCAGACUCCGCACAAGCUGUGGCUUCCUCUCAAUUCAACAAACAUUUCCUGAGCACCCACUACCAGCAGUGCAGCCGGUGGGCGAUGGUGACUUUGCCAGCAAGAGGGAGGGAGAAACUCAGGCAUCCAGCAGCCCCAGGCUGCACAGCAGGAGCCAUUCUUGGCUGCAAGAGCCUGACUGGAGCUGGGGAUGGUGGGAGGAGCCCAAAGGGAACCAUCUCACUUCUGCUCGAAAAGGCAGGUGCCCCUUCCUUUCUCACCACGUGUGUCUUUUGCCCCCCAAGCUCCUGCCUGGAUCUCCCCAUGUGGCCCCCUCUGUUCCCUUCCUCUUUGGCCCUGUGGUGGUGGCUGCUCCUCUCUGCUGAGGGUCCCAGGCCUCACUCACCAGCCUCUCUGGGUUCUCUAGGGAGUGUCCAGAUCAUGCUCAGGGUUUCUCCACUGUGGACGGGAGGAAGGGCUGCAGGAAGCAUGAGGAGGGGGUGUCUUUUCAGCAGAUCAGAUUGUUUAGAGCAGUGCUUCUCACAUGUUAAGGCGCAGAGUAUUGCAGGUCCUAAUUCGGUAGGUCUGUGGGGGGCCUGGCAAUGUGCAUUUCUAAUCGGCUCCAGGUGACAGCUGUGCUGCUGGGUUGAGUGCUUCCUGGGUUGAGUAGGAAGGGUUUGGGCUGGGAGAUAUGGUGAGCUAGGGCCAAAGACAGACUCUAGACUCUAAGGACUUGUUGCUGGCUAUGUCGGGGACCCGGCGAGGGCUGCCCUGGCCGGGUGUAAGCUUCCUGGCUUCAGAGUUGGGUGGGCAGCUGAGGCACCUGGGAAGGUGCCAGAGAGGCCAGUGAGUGGGUGGUGCCAACUUCCUGUAGCGGGGAGUGAGGAGACUGGUUAGCUGGUUGGAAAUGGGAUAAGGUGAAGGGGGUGGAAGAGGUUGGUGUGGAAUUUUGAAAAGGCUUGGGAAUAUUCUUAUGCAUGUGGGAAGACCCCUCUGAGACAUGAAUAGGUAAGGGCGAAUGAUUCCAACUGAAGUUUUCCUCUUGCUCUCCAGUCAUACAUAUAUGUAUUUGGAGCAGGGGCCUGGGCCUGACCCAUGACUCCCAAAGGAUAGAGGUGGGGAAGAGCAGAUUCAAGCAGAGCCCUUGAAUUCAGAUGUCUCAAAAUAAUAAUAACAGUAAUCAUCAUCAUCACCAUCAUCAUCAAGAAUCUGAAUUCUAACAUUCACAAACUGCUCCCAACGGCCAUCCCCCGCCCCGCCUCCAUGGUACCAACCGUAUAGACAGGCCUUCGUUAGAGGGUAUAUGUCAAGGUAUGUCUGACUAUGGGAUGGGGAUGUAGAAUUCAGGCAGAACUCUGGCUCGGCCCUUACAAACAGGACCUAAGCAGUAGAGAAAGCUGGGCAAGGGGCGCCUGGGUGGCUCGGGUGGGCGUCUGACUCUUGAUUUUAGCUCAAGUCAUGAUCUCGCGGUUCGUGGGAUCAAGCCCCAAGUUGGA